GAAUAAGGUGGCAUCCUUUCUUUUCCGUAGAAGAAAUGUGGCGCAAACGUCACCUGCUGUAAACCGGCUGAUAUAUUUGUUGUGGCACGCACCAUAGACCAGAGGGAUUUUUAUAAAUUAUAUUAUUUAUUUAUACCAAGGAGUGUUGAAACAAAGACCUACAAAUAAAAAUUUAACUUUUGUUUGCUUAUUGCACAGCAAUUGCAGUAUAUUUGGGCCACAGUGCAGCGCAACUACCAUAACCUUAAAUAAAUAAAUAAUUAAAAUCUUAAAUGAACGGAGUGCUGACUCAAAGUAAUAACGUCAUCAACAGUAUCGCUCAGUAAUCGUGCUAUAGUUACUUUGCUAGUAUGACUGAGAAAAUAACAAAAUUAGCACUAGCAAGUCGUGUGAUUAUUUUGGUAUUGCAGCUGUUUGCCAACCACCUGCUGCCGGAUCAUAAACCAGACGUAUUCCGUGCACCGAUUGCACAACCAAAACAGCAGCAUUUAGAAAAGCUUGAUACAUCCACAUACCAUAUUGCAAAUGCCACCAAUGCUGCUUGGCUUGAUCGCACAGUGCAAUUUUGCCUAGGCGGCUUGCGACACUGGGAUGGGGAGUAUUUUCUACAUAUCGCAGAAUACUCAUAUUCUUACGAGAACACGCUCGCCUUUUACCCCCUCUUUCCAUUGGUAGUACGAGCUGGUGCUAAUGCACUUUACGCCUUAAAUAUGGGUGUGUCGUUGAGGAGCUGGUGCUUGGUAAUAGCAGUGCUAGUCAAUGUUUUCUGUUUCUGCAAGGCGGCGAAUGCUCUCUACGCUCUCACUCAACGGAUAUUCAAGGAUCCGAAUAAAAGUUGGAAUGCAGCCUUGCUUUUCUGCUUCAACCCAGCAUCCAUAUUUUUUACUGCCGCCUACUCAGAGGCACUCUUCUGUUGGCUUUCGUUGCAUGUAAUGCUGGAAUGCGUUUCCGAAUUCCGUUUUGUGCGCACCACCGUCACGCUCGCGCUAUCAGUUGUAAGCCGCUCGAAUGGUCUGCUAAACGCAGGAUAUCCCAUAUACUUUAUGUUGCGCCAUAGCAUACUCAAGUCAUAUCAUCGUUGUUUUGCUGCACUGAAGCUAACAUUAUGCCUGCUCGGUGCACUAUUGCCACUUACCUUCUUCUAUUUCUAUGCCUUCGAACAAUUCUGUGUGCCGGAGCGCACAGUGGCGCAUACAACGGCUGUGUUGGAUUAUGCGCGGCAGAAAAAUUACAUAUUAGCUGGCCAUCGGAUGCCUGAAAAUUCGCCGUGGUGUGACAAGACAUUUCCAUUCCCUUACUCCUACAUACAAUCACACUACUGGAAUGUUGGUUUCCUACGUUACUACGAACUGAAGCAAUUGCCGAACUUUUUGUUGGCAUUGCCUGUCGUUGCGUUUCUACUUUAUCACUGUUUCAAAUAUUUAAGUCAUUUCUUGAGUGCACUGCUGCCACGUUAUCCCAUCGUACAAAUCCUGAAGGAAUAUAAAUCGCUACCAUUCGUGCUGCAUGCGCUGCUGCUCACAUUAUUUUGCACUUUUUUCGUGCAUAUACAGAUAUCGACGCGCUUGCUGUGCUCAGCUACGCCUUGUCUAUAUUGGUUUGCAGCCGAUCAUUUACCAAAGACAUUUGAUCAGAUCAAGUUGCGUUCGAAAGCCGGCUCCAUAUUAGUGUGGUUCACAAGUUACUAUUUAAUUGGCACAGCGCUAUUUUGCAACAACCUGCCAUGGACGUAAAGCUUCACAAAUGAGAGCGGUAGUGCCGUUGUAAAAGUGUGAAGAGACGGUGAAAAGAUAAUUUCAGGAUUGACUGUGCGAUUGGAUAGCUUAAAGGAUGCUAAUACUCGGUACUAUACAUCUUCAUUUAAUCAUUGGCACAAACUUUAGAAUUAGCUGUACAUUAAUACAAACUUCGCCGACAAACCAAAAAGCAAUUGAAAUUAAAAUUAACUAUCAAUCAAAUUGACUAACUAAAUUAACGUUUAUUUCUACGUUUAUAUUAAUUUAUUUAUUUUAUGUUAAAAGACAUUGUACGCGAAUAGCCUUACAAUAAUUAUAUAUAUAUAUGUCUGGGAGAAAUAUUCGUUUUCAACGAAAACUUACUGCAAGUCUGCGUGCCAAAAAAAUUACAUUUUUGAUUGAAGUUAUGAUAAAACUUUAAAAUUACA